CUAACCAAAUUAAAAACAAAAAUAAGAUGUUCUUCUAGAGAGAAGUCACAGAGAAAGAAAGAGAGAGAGAGGUGGAGACAGCGACGAAGUGGCGAGGAGAACGACGAGAUCAACGGUCCUCUCCCAUUCUUCCGUGAUCUGUAAGGACACUCUCUCUCCUUCUCCCGUCGCCGUCGCAUCCAUCGGCCGCCAUCGUGUUCUAUUUCGUGUCUGUACAGACGAUUCCGGCGACUUGUUGAUUUCAGAUUCGGGGGGAAGAGAAUUGGUAGAAAGAAAGGGAAGGAAUUGAAGUUGAGGGAGGGAGGGGAGGAAUCAAUCAAUCAGUCAUGUCUCUGAAUAUGAAAACCCUAACGCAAGCGCUGGCCAAGGCGGGGGCGGUGAUCGAGAAGACGGUGCAGACGACCGUGCAGGAAGUGACGGGUCCGAAACCAUUGCAGGAUUACGAGCUCAUCGACCAGAUCGGUUCCGCCGGACCCGGCCUCGCCUGGAAACUGUACUCCGCUCGGCCGGUGAGGGAGUCAGCGCGGGGGCAGCAGUACCCUGUGGUUUGCGUGUGGGUGCUGGAUAAGAGGGCGUUGUCGGAGGCGCGAAUCCGGGUCGGUUUGUCCAAGGCCGCAGAGGACUCGUUUCUGGAUGUGGUUCGGGCGGAUGCGACGAGGCUGGUGCGGCUGCGGCACCCUGGGGUUGUGCAUGUGGUGCAGGCGUUGGACGAGAAUAAGAAUGCCAUGGCGAUGGUGACUGAGCCGCUCUUUGCCUCGGUUGCUAACGUGCUUGGGAAUUUGGAGAAUGUUGAGAAGGUGCCGAAGGAGCUCAAGGGAAUCGAAAUGGGGCUGUUGGAGGUGAAACAUGGGUUGCUCCAGAUUGCAGAAACUUUGGACUUUCUCCAUAACAAUGCACAUCUAAUCCACCGGGCGAUAGCUCCUGAGGCAAGUUUCUUUUCUCCAAAUAUCCUUAUGACUGCAAGUGGAGCAUGGAAGCUUGGCGGAUUUUGUUUUACGAUCCCAAGCGACCAGGGUGGCAAUUUGGCUAGUGCCUUCCAUUAUGCUGAAUAUGAUGUGGAGGAUUCCAUCAUGCCCCUGCAGCCAUCUUUAAAUUACACUGCACCUGAACUUGUUCGUAGCAAAGUGCCUUCUUCUGGGAGUUCAUCUGACAUUUUCAGCUUUGGAUGCCUUGCUUACCACUUGAUUGCUCACAAACCUUUGUUUGAUUGCCACAACAAUGUCAAGAUGUAUAUGAAUGCUUUGAAUUACUUGUCCAGUGGGUCGUUCUCCUCCAUUCCUUCUGAACUAGUACCUGACUUGCAGAGGAUGCUCUCUGCAAAUGAAUCUUUCAGACCUUCUGCCAUUGAUUUUACUGGUUCUGGAUUUUUCCGUAACGACACGAGGUUGCGUGCUCUUCGCUUCCUUGACCACAUGCUUGAGCGAGAUAACAUGCAGAAGUCUGAGUUCUUAAAAGCACUAUCAGAUAUGUGGAAAGAUUUUGACUCACGUGUAUUGCGGUACAAGGUGCUUCCACCUUUAUGCGCGGAACUCAGGAAUAUGGUUAUGCAACCAAUGAUUCUCCCUAUGGUUCUAACCAUAGCUGAAUCUCAGGAUAAAGUAGAUUUUGAGCUUUCAACACUUCCAGCUUUAGUUCCUGUCCUCAGUACCGCUGCUGGCGAGACACUGCUACUGCUUGUCAAGCAUGCAGAUCUCAUAAUCAACAAGGCUAGUCAUGAGACUUUGGUAUCCAGUGUCCUGCCGAUGUUGGUUCGAGCUUAUGAUGAUACUGAUACACGCAUCCAGGAGGAAGUUUUGAAAAAAUCUGUAUCUCUUGCCAAGCAACUUGAUCCCCAGCUAGUGAAGCAAGCAAUUUUGCCUCGGGUUCAUGGAUUAGCUCUCAAAACAACUGUUGCUGCGGUGAGAGUGAAUGCUCUGCUAUGCUUUGUAGAGUUUGCUCAUUCACUCGACAAACAUGCUGUUUUAGACAUGUUGCAAACGAUUGGACGUUGUACAGCAGUUGACCGUUCCGCUCCUACCCUUAUGUGUACUCUCGGGGUGGCAAACUCGAUUCUAAAGCAGUUUGGAGUAGAAUUUGUUGCAGAGCAUGUUCUUCCCCUGCUUUCGCCUCUGCUCACUGCCCAACAGCUAAACGUGCAGCAGUUUGCCAAAUACAUGCUCUUUGUUAAGGAUGUCCUGAGGAUGAUAGAAGAAAAGAGAGGGGUCACUGUAAGUGAUUCUGGAAUUCCAGAAACGAAGACAUUACCUUUUGCUAAUGGGAGUCAGUCUCAAGCAUCAAGCAAAUCAACUGGCACAGUUGCUUCUGCAGUAAAAAAGAGCCCGUCUUGGGAUGAAGACUGGGGUCCUGUCACCAAAGGUUCUGCUACCGUACCUAUUCCCUCUGUUUCAAGCAACCCAUCUCCUGCUCCUACUACUAUGACAUCUUCGGGCAACCAGCAGCAGCCACUGCAAUCAUUGUCUUCCAUGGCUAGUCAACAACCAGCUGUGUCAUGCACUCCAGUCGACAUAGAGUGGCCUCCGCGGUCAUCAUCUUCUGGUGUAAAUCCGCAGCAAAGUGAUGGCUGGGGACAAUCGAGUACGGUGACGUCAUCAUCCACGCCAGCUGUUGACGAUACCGAUCCUUUUGCCGAUUGGCCUCCGAGGCCUAGCAGCAGUACCACCAGUACCUCCAACACUUUGAACAACGGUAGAGUUGGCUCACUUACUCUAAAUUACGGCUCUAGCUUGGGAACCACCACUUCCAACAGUAGCACUCAGAGCAAUGGAAGCAACAGCUGGGCGUUCAACAACCAGAAUUCGCUUCCCAUGGGACGAGGAGCUGUGAACAGUGGUGGAGGCAGUGGGAUGAAUCGCAACCACUCCCUCGGGUCCUUGAAAAGCAGCCAGGGAGGAAGCAUGGUUUCGUCUAGUAAUCAAAAGAGGUUGUCUGGAGAUCUGGAAUCCAUAUUUGGUUCCGUGAGGAACAACGAUAAUGGAGCUUUAGCUCCUAGGCUUGCUCCGCCUCCUUUGACUGCUGUCGGCAGAGGGAGAGGAAGAGGAACAGCGGCAGGUGGCUCAGCCAUGAAGUCUUCUUCUCAUGCCAACAAACCUCAGCCUGGACAGGCACCUCUCUUGGAUUUGCUAUAAAAUUGAACCAUAAUACGAGGUAACCGCAGGAAGAAUGGUCUUCAGUCGUAUGCAACGUUGCAAUCUGAACCAGUUUCGUCGUUAAUCGUCAUCUUGGCUCGAGACUGCUCUAGCUGGCCCGGUGUCUCGAUAUAUAUAAAUAUGUAUGGGUUCAGGGGAGGUUUUGGGUUGAAGGUGAUGGUUUGCUUCCCAUCAAAUGUUUGUUUUGUGGGUUAAUGUUUUUGGCCUGUAUUCAUUCAGCUUAUUGUGAUGAAAUAAGUAGAUGAAGGAAAAAAUAUGUACCCCAUUCUUGUAAUUUCAUUUUGUACAUCUUACUGAAGGUUUGUUCCACUUAUCUUUUUUAGGACAAUAUUUUUCUUACCACAUUUGACUCGUUGAGUUUUUUCAGUGCAAUUGUAUCAUUUGUACGUGUAUAGUUAAUUAAUGAGAUACCAAGUGAAUUGAAACAUUAAUGUAAAAGUUGAUGACUGAUCUUAGAGCUCUCUGCCAAUAAGUUAGGGGGGAAGGCAUCAUGGCGGGUGGAUUACUAUACCUUUUAAAUAGUUGUUCUUAAUUUGCCUCGUGUAAUUUUUUUUUUUAUAUUGCAAAUGUUUAUAUGAAUACAACAACAUGAAUUCUGGUGUUGCUCAAUUUGAU